AUGGGACAAGAAGCUCAGAAGUUCAAUGUGUGCACAGCAAAACAGCCAGGGGCAGCAGAGCUUUUCCCUCAGUCUGCUACUUUGGCUCAUCUCAAAGGGUAUCGUCGGUUAUUAGAAUGGGCUAGCGUUGUAUUGUCAUCGUCGGUUGUUUCAUAUGCGGUUGUUUUACUUAUUGCUUUGUUAGGGCUAACAAAGCAAUACUUGGUGGAUGCCCCUACAGCUCCUACAGUUUCUAAGGAGGGCUACCAUUACUUCCUUAUUUUCCUAAGAAAGCUAGACCGCUUGGUUGAUAGGUUAGUUUUGAGAGAUGGCGUUGAUGCGUUUUUUGAGCAGAUGGCGGUCCACAACCACACGCUAGGGGUAUGGACUGUGUACUUCCUGUUAGACUUCUUGGCAAAUGCCUCUAACUAUGUACUAAGGACCGCGUUGUCUAUGCCAGAGACACAGGAGAGUAUACAUGAAAACGGGAACAGUGUUGACUCGCAUAGUAUUUCGGGCGGCAAUGUUGCGAGCAGCCUAACAAGUGCGACACAAAGCAUGCAGACUGCAAGAACAACAGAUUCUAACGAGGGCUCUGUGAAACUAAGCCUCAUUGGCAAUGAGCUUCCUCACGUGCGCGAAUUAACAGACACAACGAUCGCUCUCCGCAAGGAUAUCUCCGAAAAAUACAUCGCUCCUACGAAGUCCAUACUCGAGUCUUAUCUAGAGCCUACUAAGAACAGAAUUGAAGCCCAGUACUUCCAACCCAUAAACGAAAAGCUCGGUCUUUCUCCCCCAGCGGCCGAAAAUCACCAAAACGGCAACUCAGUCUCUAAGAAUCAGGAAGAAAUUUUACCGGUCAGUAACGGAUUAGCUAAGUCUGUUGCAACAACGACGCUGGCUGACGUAGGCAGCACGGUUGCCCAGAAUAUCAAGCCCUCUACCAACAAUGAUGGUAUUCAGUCCCUAGGCGACAUGACUACUAUCGCCGAAAGGCCCAUUCAAGGGGGGAAUGAAAAUGAAGAAAUUGCUGCCGCUUAA